CAGCGGCGGUGGCGGCGGGCGGCGGCAGGGGCGGCGGCGGCGGCGGCCCGCACCAGCCAUGCCGAAUAAAAACAAGAAGGAGAAAGAACCACCGAAACCGGUGAAAAGUGGAAAAGGUUCAAAAGAAGGACAAGACACAGUAGACCCAGAGAUAGCCAGCAAGAGAAACAGCCUUGUGGCUGUCCAGUCUUCGACCUCCGCUAAAAUCAAAGUGCCAGUCCCUCAGCCUGUCGUCGUCCCUGUGAAGAAGGAUAAACGGCAGAAUUCUUCACGCUUUAAUGCCAGCAAUAACAGAGAACUGCAGAAACUCCCGUCUCUGAAAGAUGUUCCUCCUGCGGAUCAAGAGAAGCUUUUUAUCCAGAAGCUACGUCAAUGUUGUGUCCUCUUUGACUUUGUUUCUGACCCACUGAGUGACCUGAAGUGGAAGGAAGUAAAACGAGCCGCAUUAAGUGAGAUGGUAGAGUAUAUCACGCACAACCGGAACGUGAUCACGGAGCCCAUUUACCCAGAGGUCGUCCACAUGUUUGCAGUUAACAUGUUUCGAACCUUGCCACCCUCCUCCAAUCCUACGGGAGCAGAAUUCGAUCCAGAAGAAGAUGAACCAACGUUAGAAGCAGCCUGGCCUCAUCUGCAGCUUGUUUAUGAAUUUUUCCUAAGAUUUUUAGAGUCUCCUGAUUUUCAGCCCAAUAUAGCAAAGAAAUAUAUUGAUCAGAAGUUUGUAUUACAGCUUCUAGAGCUCUUUGACAGCGAGGAUCCUCGGGAGAGAGAUUUUCUCAAAACUACCCUUCACAGAAUCUAUGGGAAGUUCUUAGGCCUGCGCGCUUACAUCAGGAAACAAAUAAAUAAUAUAUUUUAUAGGUUUAUUUAUGAGACAGAGCAUCACAAUGGCAUAGCAGAAUUACUGGAGAUACUGGGAAGUAUAAUAAAUGGAUUUGCCUUACCACUGAAGGAAGAGCACAAGAUUUUCCUGCUGAAGGUGUUGCUGCCCUUGCACAAAGUGAAAUCCCUGAGUGUCUACCAUCCCCAGCUGGCGUACUGUGUUGUGCAGUUUUUAGAGAAGGACAGCACCCUCACUGAACCAGUGGUCAUGGCACUUCUCAAAUACUGGCCAAAGACUCACAGUCCAAAAGAAGUAAUGUUCUUAAAUGAAUUAGAAGAAAUUUUAGAUGUAAUUGAACCAUCAGAAUUUGUGAAGAUCAUGGAGCCUCUUUUUCGACAGUUAGCCAAAUGUGUUUCCAGCCCUCACUUCCAGGUGGCAGAGCGGGCGCUGUAUUACUGGAACAAUGAAUACAUUAUGAGUUUAAUCAGUGACAACGCAGCAAAGAUUCUGCCCAUCAUGUUUCCAUCCUUGUACCGCAACUCAAAGACCCACUGGAACAAGACUAUACAUGGCUUGAUAUACAAUGCCCUGAAACUCUUCAUGGAGAUGAACCAAAAACUCUUUGAUGACUGUACCCAGCAGUUCAAAGCAGAGAAACUGAAAGAGAAGCUAAAAAUGAAAGAGCGAGAAGAAGCAUGGGUUAAAAUAGAGAAUCUAGCCAAAGCGAAUCCCCAGUACGCAGUGUAUAGUCAAGCCAGCGUCAUGAGCAUUCCGGUUGCAAUGGAGACAGAUGGGCCUCAGUUUGAAGAUGUGCAGAUGCUGAAAAAGACAGUGAGCGACGAGACUCGUCAGGCACAGAAGGAUCUGAAGAAGGAUCGCCCCCUUGUGCGCCGCAAGUCCGAGCUGCCUCAGGACCCCCACACCGAGAAAGCCUUGGAAGCUCACUGCAGAGCCGGUGGGCUGGUCUCCCAGGAUGGGCGCUAGCCUCUGGAGCAGCGUGCUGAGCGGGGCCUGGCACUUCUCUUCUGGAUGCUGUAGAAAAGACAUGUUUGUGCCAUACCAAUCAGUUACACUCACAGUCAAAACUUCCUCCAGCCCGUUCUCUAGGCAAUAACUCGCGUCUGCCUCCGCCCGAGAUUAGGAGUUCAAACAAUGGUGGCUUCUCUGGCCCUGCUGGCCAAGCCAGGGGCCAGUGCUGUGUCCUCACCAUGCUGUCACCACCCCAGCAUUGCCCCGAGUAAGACUGAUCCAAAGUCAGAGCUGUAGGAAAGCACCCUGGUUAUCAUCUUCUUUUCCACCCAGCGGAGCCUGUGCCUCUAACAGAGGUAUUCCGUGGUGGCGCCGAUGCGCUCUCAGAUCAGAGGAACACUUUAAAAGGUAUCUCCUCCUCUUCACGACGUUACAGCCCGUGGUGUUGCUUCCGUGACUGCCGUGCCAGCAGCUUGUGUUUGUUGGUUAAAUCUCACAAAUGAUCCUUUGCUUUCACAUUCUAACUGCCUCCUGGAAAAGUGGCCAACAGCCCUCAGCACUGAGGCCUUCCAAGGUGUUUCUUUCCUUUGAUUAACAGCAUGCACACCAUAUCCUGCUCCCUCAGUGUCUACCGAAAGCCAUAUCUCAUAGCCCAUUGUAGAGGCCAGAGUCUCACCUAAGCUCAGAGGAGAAAGUUCUGGGAAGUGCUUUCUCAGGCCACCUUGACCAGAAUCGCAAUGUUGAAAUUAUGUGUUCAUGUUUUUAUUUGCGGAAUCAGUUUUUCAUCUAUUUACACAUUAUCCUUCAACAAGGCUCUUGAAUUGAUAAAAUGAUAGGAUCUAAGAAUUCCACACUUGUAGAAAGCUACAAUAAAUUAAGCCACUUGGCCUACUGCAGACUGCAGACUGCAGCUGCCUGUGGGUGUACGGCAGGCCACACCAUGGGGGUGCCCUCAGUGAGCCUUUCUGUCGAAAAAGCACACAUUACGAAGCUCAUAAGGAAAAGUGCAAUGUCUGCCAGUUUUCACAUGCUGCUACAGGCUUCAUAGACUUAUUGCAUGGACUAAGCUUCUGUUUUAGAUGGAAUAGCACAAGAGAAAAAUCUUGAACUAGUGCUUUGUCUAUUCUUUAUUUCUCUCAGGGUGGCCAGUACUUUGACUUAUUUAUCCUCCUUGAAAGCUACUUGAGAUGUGUACGCAAUGCUGAACAGUGACUAGUUUCUCUUGUCUCCAGCACAUAUAUAACUUAGUGUUAAAAGUCUUGAUGCGUAAGAUAUGGUAACACGUGGCUUCUUUUAAAAUCUGUUUUUUAAUCGUGGUCUUGUGUAUCCGUGAAAAAAUUGUGAAAUCAGACAUUGCUCUCAUGUGGCCUCAGAGCCUGCUUCUGGGUCCCCUUAGGUGUCUGCUGAUGCUCACUCCACAGAGCAGGGAAGAAAGGCACCUGAGGAGAGGGAGAGCCAGCACAGCCAAACAGAAAGGUGGCCCCAGCCGAGGGACAGGUUGGUCGCUUGGGUGAGAAGAAACUUCCUGAGAAACUUGACAAGUAUCUAUCCACUUACCAUUAUGAAAUCUAUUUUAAAAAAAAAAGUUGAGAUGCCUUCUCCUUUUGAGGGAAAAAGGGUGCUUUUAUUGUAUAAAGCAGCGUCUCUGUGUUUUCAUACCCCAUUGUUUGAACUCUCGUCUUUAGCUGGUAGAGUCUCAGAUAGCCCAGAUGUGGGGCAUUCUGUGUGUGGUGAGAGGUCCUAUGAGACUCCUUCGCCCUGCGUGGAAAGCAAGCUAUCAGUGUCCGGAUGAUUGUGCGAAGCUCAGCACGACAGAACAUCUUCUGGUCCAGGUUUUAUUUCUGCUCUUUAUUGAAGACAAACAUUUACCAAUAAGGAAAAGGAAAAAAAAAAUGUUUUGAGAGAAACUACUUUUUUUUUGACAAGAGUAUUACUUAACUAUUUUGGCCUAUUAAAGUUUCCCCAGUUAGUACUUGGGUUCCCUGUGCUAAUUGUUCGACUCGUAUAUUGUUAAGACACGCUGUUGAUUCUGUACCAGACUGGUUUAAAAAGUACCAUGCUGAAAAGAAACGGUGACUGGUUUUCUCCUUGUGGCUCCAGUCUGGCACCUUCACUCUUUCCAAAAUGUAUCUGCACCAGAGCUGUCACAGUUCAAGUGUCUUUCUAGUGUGGCUUUGUAUGGCUUCCUUUGAACAUUGUACAUACAUUGUAUCUUUGUUUUAUGGUAAUAAGUAAUAAAAAUGUAGACUUCGUAUUUUGUACAAAA